UUUUAAAACUUUUUCCAGAUUUUCAUAGAGUGCAAUGAAAGUGCCAGAAAAAUGGAACGCUUAGAAGAAAUGUUUGUUUUAAACAAACAGUUGGAAUUUAAAGAAUGUAAGGUGAUACCAUUAAUAUCAGCCUCUCGUUGGCUAUUAAAAAAGGGUGAGCUGAUGAAGCUUGAGUUCGAUAAGAAGACUUUUGGUCGAUCCAAUCGAUGCGUACGAGUCUCUGUUUUCAUAUUCCUAUUCAAUGAUUUGCUGGUCGUCACUAAAAGAAAGAAUGAUGAUUGUUACACAGUUGUGGACUAUUGCUUUCGUGAGAAAGUUCAAGCGACUGCAAUCAAUGCGAAAGAUCUUCAGCAACCUUUGAUUUCACCCAACAUUUGCAGAUAUCUCAUUUACCUGAAACUAUUGAGCAAUCAUCAGAAUCUACCAACUGACAUGAUUCUUAAUUGUACACUAUUGAGUGAAAGAACACGAUGGAUUGAAGCAAUAAAUUCUGCGGGUCAGAACAAACCUUGUGAAAUCUGGGAAUAUGAUUGUCCUCAAGUGCAAUGCUUCAAGAACUACAUUGCUCAACAGCCUGAUGAGCUAUCACUACAGGAGUCUGAUGUUGUGACUGUUCACAGGAAAAUGAAUGAUGGAUGGUACGAGGGACGCAGACUUAGAGAUGGUCUUCAGGGUUGGUUUCCUGCUUCCCACACAAUGGACAUUCCUUGUUCUCGUGCAAGAGCUUCCAAUUUACGGCAAUGUUAUCGUCUACUUAUGCUUUCUCACCAUAAAUCAUAAUAAAGGUGCAAUGAACUCUCCCAAUUAUCUGUAUUACAAAUAUCUAAUCACAAAUAUCUAAUCAGAAAACAAAUUUAAACUCAAACCUGAAUACAAUUUUAAUUACUACCAGUAUUUAAACCAGAAAAAAUACUGUAUGAUGAUGUUUUGACCAAAAUGCUGGUCAAUAUCAACGUUUCAAUUUUAUGAUUUGUCAUCAGGAAAUAUGGAUGUUUUGCAAUAUUUUUUCAAUUUAUAUACCCUCCAACAGUCUGUGCUUUCAUACGAAAUAUCUGUGGUAACGAACGAAAGUCGAACUUAUUAAAACUUAUAAGCUCAACCAAUUCUCUAUCUGACCUUCCAUUUCUCCAUUUGACCUUCCUGUUUAAAUUAUUUAAU